AUGGCUUCGUCGCUGUCAAAUAUUCUCUUUAAUUCCCUCGCGCUUCUCCUUUGUCUCAACUUCCUAGAAUCUUUACAAGUUUUGGCUCAGACAGGUGAUGGGGGCGGGGCCGAAGGCGUGGAACCUGGAGACAUUGGGUCGGAUCCAGGAUAUUCGGAAAAUGCAGGGGCUUCGGGUGCAGACACCGGCAGCGUGAACCUUUCUCAUGGAGCGACCAUUGCGAUUGCAGUGGUGGUCAGUAUUGUGGUAGUGCUCGGCAUCACCAUGACCGUCUUGUUUUAUCUGGCGAAGAAGAGGCAGUGGAAGAUCAAAGAAGGCAUCCGCAGAUCGGCGCGAAGAGUCACAAGCGCUGUCAAAGCGGUUACGACACCUCUGACACCAAAGAAAAUGACGUUCUCGCCGGUUGAGAAGAGGAAGCUCGCCGCCGAAUCGGCGGAUCUCCUCAAGAGGGCCAAUGAUCAACUGAAAGCCGACGCGCAGAAGCAGCCAACAGGCAGUGGCCGAUCGAGUAAUGAUCGAGACCUUGAGAAAGGUCUACCGGAAACCGCGGUCAAGGUGGAAAUCAAAUCCGAACCUGAAAAAAGCCCGAAACGAGACAGCAAGAACAAACAAAGACCACCAAAGGUUAAUAUUCCGUCGUCGGCUUUCGAGAUUGAUAGUCCGAAGACCCCAAUGUGGAAGAAAGUGUUUGGCAGAUAA